CUCUAAUAUUUCAACUUCGUCGUAUAAGCAGCAGCAUAUUGGUCCUACUAAUGAGGAACAAACACCACCAUUGAACACCAACAAUAUCUCUUCGCUUAAUGCUAAUCCUCAAUCAAAUCAUCCAGAAAUUUUCAGAUUUCACAUUCCUGGUUCCAAAAUUCUCAUCAUACCUGAUUUUAAAACUUUAACAUGA